UUCCAGGAAUAUGAUUUGGAACAAAAAAUCGAUCUGGAACUCAAGAUGCAGGAAGGCACUAAUAAGCUAUUGGCUGCUUGUCGGUAUCAGCUGCAGUCCCUGGAAGCCAUAAAAUCCCUCCUCACUUCCAACGAAAGGAUCAGUGCCUACAUGAUGGAACUGCAGUGCAGGAAGUCCCUCAAGCAGAACAACAAAAUCUCUCACACAACGCUAGUACCUUGCCGUGGAAAAGUGGCAAUAAGUGAUAUUCGCAUGCCUCUCAUUUGGAAAGACAGCGAUCAUUUUAAAAACAGAGGUGAUUAUCGAAGAUUUGCUGUUUUCUGUCUCCUAAAAGUGGGCACAGAUGUAUUUGAUACUGCCAUGAUCAACAAUGUUGACAGAAGUAUGACAGAUAUUGCAUUUGAGGAUGUUAUUGUAUUUAACAAUGUUCCUCAUGACUUUGAGUUUCGUCUUGAGGUCUACAGUCAUGUCUUGCAAGAAGACUUAACUAUUGCUAGUGCUUCUAACAAACUUAAGAAGAAGAUCUCUUAUUCAGUUAGCAAAGCAAUAGGAAAACGAUUAUCAGAUAACUUUAAGGAAGAUGAAACUUUCAAGAAUGGGUAUUCUGAGUUUGAUGUAGUUGCUCAUGCCAAAUUGAAUUUAGCUGAUGCUAAUUCUCGUAUUAAAACAUACGAUUUAAUCAUGGAGACGUCAGAGAAAAGUAGCCAUCAGCUACCUCUCUUUGGUCAUUUUUGCUGUCGAUUAGCUGUGCAGCCAGCUUGUAUGACAGAUGAAAUGCACUCAGGUUAUUUAAGUCUAGUCCAGCAAAUUGGAAAUAUAACGGGUUCCAGAAGAAUGCUUUGUUCUUUGAAGAACUUUUCACUCUCUAUGUGGUCCAAUUUUGCAGAUGUCCAUAGUUCAAAUCCUGAUGUAGUCAUACCAAUCAAAACGGGUACUAAAGUGACACAAAGUUCUAAAGCUAUUUCCUAUCCAAGAUUCAGUUUUAAAGUUGAAUUUGGGGCAGAAGAUGGCGACAAAGAAUUUUUGCUUGCAGCUGAUUCACCUAUUCAGCUUAAUGAAUGGCUGCAUUCUAUAUGUCAGCACAUAAAAGAUUAUGAACUAUGGAAGCCAGCGUCUGAGUCUUUAAUGGAAAUCUCAUCACCAUGUGCCUGCAGAAAUUCACAGUUUUUGAGGCAUAGGAACAGUUCAUUGUAUGAUGAAACACCUUUCCUUGAUGAUGCUGAAUGUUCCAGUUCAAGUUAUGGAAAUACUUCAGCUGCAUUCCAGAAGAAAAACCAUCGUGUAUCUACACCACCAUUUUGCUCUUGGUCAUCGAGUUCUUCCUCCACGAACAGUUCAUUAGAGUAUCAACAUCAUCCAUUUUCCAAAUCGCUAUACCGUAGGUCUAUGAGCGCAUACUUUCCAUCUCUGUUCCAGUCUUGAAGGGGAGAUCGUGUAUGCAUAAUCAUAGGCUAAAUCAUGACUGAUAAUCUCUUGAAAUGUUAAUAUAAACUAGUCAUGUUCGCAAUAGAAAAUAUUUAUCAUUCAUGUCAAGAGCCAUACAUUGUAAAGUAUUUUAGUUAAUAUUUGUGCAUGUUAAUAGUGGAGUACAAGUGAUUAUAUUACUUGAAUUAAUAAACUUUUGAUAUCAUGGAAACUGAA